UGCAGGUUGGUUUUUUGCUUACCCCUGCAUACAUUUUGCUUACCCCUGCAUACAUGGCAUAGGACGUAAUUGACAUGCUUUGGAAAUAUCAUUGAAUCCUCGCAAACAUAGUGAGGAGCGCUUGUGGAUCAGUGAUUCUAAAGUUUUCAUCGACAGACUUAAAAUAUCUUAGUCGGCUAGGUGUGCACUUUAACAAUCCAAUUAAUUCUCCGGGCAAUAAAACAUUAGACAUCCCAUCUUCUGAAACCAACACUUUUGAUGUUAUUUGACGCACAAUAAUUUCUAUAUGCCCCCUGGGAUUUUCGAAAACAGUUUUGCUUAAAUUUGAUUUUAAUUUGAAUUUAGUACGAAUAUAUUGUUUCGAUAGAAGUUCUGAUAUACAGAUGUGUUAUAACUAAUAUUACAUAGAUCAAAUCGACUUUAUUGAAAAUAUGUAAUAUUUUCAAUAAACAACUAUAAAAUUUGAGUUAUACCCAAACAAAACCCUGUUUAUAUCAGUUUAUUUGGUGCUUGAUUGUUCGUCAGAUUUUUAAAUGCCCGGAAAGUUCACACCUGCAUAUCAAUUAUCACUAGCCGCUUUGUUAUUUGUAUUCUUUCUUUUCUCUGUUUCGUUUGCUGCCGCAUGAUUUCACUUGAGCAUUAUAAUCUCUUUAUAAUAACUGCGCUGACUAUGAGUUGUGUUCAAUACUAUUCUUGUUGGAAAGUUUGUUGUAAUCUCAUAUUUGACGCGUAAUAUGCACUAGUGUACUUGAAGAUGAAACAGAUAUAAAUAGCCCUUAAAUAUAUUCCAUCGAACCAUAUAAUGUUCAUAUAAGUAGCUCUCAAAUACGUAUAAGGUGAUUCUGACAGAAGUCGAGCUUAAAAGCCCAGCCAAACACCCGCGUAGUGUCUUCUAUCUAUGGAGAUGCAGAAACAUACAAGUUUACUUUUUCUUGCUUAUGUGUCAGGUGUUCUAGCAGCACUAGAGUUUGCGCGUAGCAGCGUAGUUGCAAGUUACUCUCCUAACAUGAGCUGCAUCUGGAGUGAGAAACAAGCUUUGCUUCGGUUCAAGAGAGGUCUCUUUGACGAGUUCAAUUACUUAUCGUCGUGGGUUGGAGAUGAUUGUUGUUCAUGGCGUGGAAUACACUGUUCGACUACAAGUCAUGUCAUUGAACUUGAUCUUCGAAAUUGUGCAUUAAGAGGUGAUCAGAUAAUAAACUCUUCUCUGCUUGAUUUGAAAUAUUUAAAUUACUUGGACUUGAGUUUUAACAACUUUAAUGAGAUUGAAAUUCCAGACUUUUUCGGGUCCUUUAAGGAACUAACUUAUCUCAACCUCUCUAGCUCAAAUUUUCAAGGUUUAGUUCCUCAUCAUCUGGGAAACCUCUCAACCUUACGUUACCUUGAUUUAAGUAAUAAUUAUGACCAUGAUUACGAUUAUGAUUAUGCUUAUUAUAAUUCACUAAGGAUUGAUAGCAUGAGAUGGGUAUCUGGACUUUCUUUUUUGGAACACCUGGAUCUAUCCACAGUCGACCUUUCAGAGGCCUCUACUGAUCCAUUUUCGACCAAAAAAAUAUUUCCUAAUUCUAUUUCAGUACUCAAGCUGGCCGGUUGUCAGCUCGACAACAGUAUCUUUAGUUCUGUUUCCUGUAAGAAUCUAACAUCUCUCGUUUCACUUGAUCUUGCUUACAACCACUUUAACCAUUCUUUUCCUCUAUGGGUUGUUAACAAUAGUGGUCUUGUACAACUUAAUAUCGGUUCUAACAAUUUUCGGGGGCCAAUUCCUAAAUCUCUAGAAAGUCUGACAGCCCUUUCAAAACUUGAUAUUUCCGACAAUAAUUUUCAAGGUUAUAUUCCUCAGUCUCUUGUAAAAUUAUCCAAACUUGCACACUUGUACAUAGACUCAAAUCAAUUCAUUGGUUCUCUGUCCGAAUCAUAUUGCCAUCUGUCAAAUUUAGAAAUAUUGUCUGUCAGUGAAAAUCAGUUGAGCGGAAACAUUCCAAAAUGCAUUGGAGAACUAUCAAAUCUCAGCGAGUUGCGUCUUCAUGAUAAUUACUGGGAUGGUUUUGUAUCUGAGCAUCACCUUAUGAACCUCACGAGGCUAAAAUGGUUGACUAUUUCUUCAAAGUCUAAUUUAGUGCUCAAUAUUAGUUCUGAAUGGGAACCUCCCUUCCAGCUCGAAAGAAUAGCGAUGAUGUCUUUGAAAGUAGGGCCCUGUAUUCCCCUCUGGCUCCAAAGACAAAGAGAAUUCACAGGUCUUGAACUGCGAAAUACAAGCAUUUCAAUCAUCCCAACUGAUUGGCUUGUGAGUCUGGUAUCUCAUGCAUACUUUGUCGAUCUAUCUGACAAUGAUAUCAACGGGGAGCAACUGUUGUUUAUUUCAACACAUUCGAAUCAUCUGCAUACAUUAUCACUCUCAAAUAACUAUUUGUCGGGUGGCUUUCCUCUGUUCAUAUGCAAUCUGACAUCAUUGAUGAUUUUAGUUCUCUCCAAUAAUAACUUAUCCGGAGAGCUUCCCAAGUGCCUAGGAAACUUGUCAGAAUUGAGUGAACUUGACGUGAUGGAUAACAAUUUCUCUGGUGAUAUUCCAGUUUCUUUAGGUUCUCUAGGAAAUCUCACUUACUUAAACUUGCACAACAACAAAUUUCAAGGGAAAUUACCUUUGUCUUUCCACAGUUUGGCAAAUUUGGUUGUACUUGAUGCGGGAAAGAAUCAUUUGAGUGACAUUCUUCCCCAAUGGACUAGAGAACAAUUACCUUUUCUCAAGUAUUUAAUACUCCGGUCCAACAGUUUCCAUGGUAAAAUUCCCACACAGCUUUGCCACCGCUCAUCAAUUCAGGUUUUGAACCUGGCAGAAAAUCAAAUCACGGGAAGCAUUCCUCCUUGUUUUGGCAACUUUAGUUCUAUGAUUACAGGUGGAAGCACUGAGCUUAAUAAAGGAUUGGAAAAUGAUAUUGGUGAAAUGAUAAGAUAUAAUGUGAAGGGGUCUGAUCUACAAUACACCUCUAACCUUAAGUUUCUGUUUUCUAUUAAUCUAUCAAACAACAAUAUCAGUGGAGAGAUUCCAGAAGAGUUGAUGGAACUUCAUGGUUUAACGAAUUUGAACUUAACAGGUAAUCGUUUAACUGGAAGGAUCCCUGACAAGAUAGGGGAACUACGUAAACUGGAUUCUCUUGAUCUCUCCAGAAAUGAACUAAAUGGUCCUAUUCCUCAGAGUUUAUCGGAACUAAACUCUUUAAGCAGCUUGAACGUCUCCUUCAAUGAUUUAUCAGGAAGAAUACCCACGGGAAGGCAACUCCAGACAUUCAACGAUCUUUCUAUCUAUGCUGGAAAUGACCAACUUUGUGGCCAAGCUAUAUUGAAGCCCUGUGCUGGUGACACAGAAUCACGGGCUGGACCUGGUAUCCUGGUUGGUUUUUUGAUAUUCUGCGGUUCUUUGCAUUUCUUUGAGUCCUGGAGGUAUUCUUUCUUUCACUAUGUCGAGCAUGUCUUUGACAAGAUAGCGGUUACCAGUGCUUUGUGGCGGAGGAAGUUCAAAAACUAGGAGGUGAACAUAUACUAGCGGUUACCAUAAUUCUUUUAUGUUGUGUUCAUUUGGAUGGGAUGUAAUGGAUUGAGAUGGAAUGAAAUCUUUACGCUUAUUUGAGGGAGAUUCUAAAUUAUUUAAACUAUAAUUGUACCUCUUCCGUUCCCUUUUUAUUGUCUCUUCCACAUUUACACAGUAUUUUAAAGCGCAUAAAAAUAGCAUUUCUCGUUUUUUUAUAAUGUAUAUAGAUGUAAUAUUUCCAAU